AGAGGAGAAGGACGGCCGCCGCAGCGGAGAAGCUCCGGUCCCUUCCCCCCGGCCUCCCCCCCGUGUCCAUGGAUCCAGCCCCCGACGACGAGAACCCCCUCGCCGCCCUCUCUCUCCGCGGCUCCGACCUGCCCGCGCACUUCGCUGCCGGCCACGAGAUCGACGAGGACGAUGGAUAUGCGACGGCCGCGUCCAGGGGCGGGAGCAGCGCGGCCGCCGCGUGGACGAAGGGGCACGAUGAAGAGGAAGGGGGCGCCGGCCCUCCCAGCCCCAGCAGCAGCGGCUACGCCGGCGAACGGGGCAGCAGCUUCGCCUCCAGCACGGGCGCCGGCGGCAUCGAGGAGCCCGACGCCGCUCCACCCCUCUGCCCCGGCGCCGAGGACUGGGCGCAGGGCAAGAAGCACGCUGACGAGGAUGAUGGUUCAGCUUCAUGGAGGAAGAGGAAAAAGCAUUUCUUCAUCUUGAGCAAUUCCGGCAAGCCAAUAUACUCUAGGUAUGGAGAUGAGCACAAGUUAGCUGGGUUUUCUGCUACAUUGCAGGCGAUUGUUUCUUUUGUUGAGAACAGCGCUGACCAUAUCAAAUUUGUGAGAGCUGGAAAACAUCAGAUAGUUUUCCUUGUCAAAGGUCCUAUAUAUUUAGUUUGUAUAAGCUGCACCGAAGAGUCAUUUGAAGGAUUGAGGGGACAACUAGAGCUCAUGUAUGGUCAGAUGUUGCUUAUUUUGACAAAGUCGGUCAACAGGUGCUUUGAGAAGAAUCCCAAAUUCGAUAUGGCACCACUUUUAGGUGGCACAGAUGCGGUUUUCCGAUCUCUUAUACAUGCGUUCAGCUGGAAUCCUGCUACAUUUCUUCAUGCAUACACAUGCCUUCCCCUCGCCCAAGCAACAAGACAGGCUGCUAGUGCAGCUUUGCAGGACAUUGCUGAUUCAGGAGUUCUAUUUGGACUGUUGAUGUGUGAUCACAAGGUUAUUAGUCUUGUGGGAGCACAAAAGGCAACUUUGCAUCCUGAUGAUAUAUUACUACUUGCAAAUUUCAUAUUAUCCUCCGAAUCUUUUAGGACUUCGGAGUCUUUUUCACCCAUAUGCUUGCCAAGAUACAGUCCUAUGGCCUACCUAUACGCUUAUGUUCAUUUUUUUGAUGAAAAUACUUACUUGACUCUUCUUACUCCGAGAUCAGAUGCCUUUUUUGAUUUGAAAGAUUCAAGGGCCCGUAUUCAGGAUGUUAUAUUGAAAUCGAAUGUCCUUCUUGAAGUACAAAGGUCUUUACAUGAAAAUGUACUGCGUGUUGAAGAUGUCCCUAUUGAUCUUUCUUCUCAAUCUACAUCAGCUCCUGCACAGUCUUCUCAAGGCCUAAAUUCUCAACCGUUGUCUUCUGAUGAGGUAAUUGGUGGACCAGCUGGACUGUGGCAUUUUAUAUACAGAAGUGUUUAUCUUGACCAGUAUGUAUCGUCUGAGUUCCCCUUGCCCAUAAGAAAUCCAAAGCAACAGAAGAGAUUGUACAAGGCUUAUCAAAAGGUUUAUGCUUCCAUGCAUGAUAAAGCAACUGGUCCACACAGAACUCAAUUCAGAAAAGAUGAGGAUUAUGUUAUGUUUAGCUGGAUAACCCAGGAUUUUGAGCUGUAUGCAGCCUUCAGUCCACUGGCUGACAAGACCCAAGCGAUCAAGGUAUGCAACAGAGUAUGCCAGUGGAUCAUGGAUCUACAAGACAGAGUGUUCAUACACGGAGAAAGCACCAUUGCCUGGUGAUAUUUUGUCUUGCAAUACCAUCACUGUUGGGGAGAUGUAUGAGGUUUGUCUCUCUCUCUUUAACACCAUUACAAAUGUAAAUGUGGCCCUUUCUUUAUUGAGUGAAUUCCGGUUUUUACCCUUUAUUUUGACAUUUUUGACACUAAUUACCCCAUUUAGCGAGAUUUCAUCCAUUUUACCCCAUUUAGCAAAAGUGUUACCACAAUUUACCUUGUUUAAAAUUUUCUGAGCAUUCUGACCGGUGGGUCAUAAUUGUCAGGUCUAGCGCUGGCAUGCCACGUCGUUGGUUUUUCCUGCUUAUUUUUCUCACUGCUGAACCGGGCCGCGCAGGACACAUCUUCUCCCAACCGGCUCGACACGAUGAAGAUCACUCACAUCACAUCAAACGCACAACGCCCGAGUCAGCCGCGCGCCACGCUCGCCUCCAGUCACUUCUAGCUUGAGUUUCCUGCCCCCAAUCGAUUGCAUCGCCUGUCUAGGCUUCCGACCGAACGCACUCGUCAGGCUCGCUUGAACCUAGGGUUAGGAAUUGUCAGACAGCGGCAGCGAUGGGUGUUGAGGGGCCGGCGAUUUCUUACCUCCACGAGCAGGGCCGUAUGGGCCGUGACAUGAAGGUAGGAAAUGACCCCGUGGAUUCCUAUGGCUCCAUCAAGCUCGCCGAAAGCGGGCUGGGCACGUGCAUGUACGUGACCCGCUGCACUCAGUUCUUCUUCUUACUUUGGCGAGGGACCUCAUUAUUGGUUUUGAAACGCUAGCUAGAUCGAUUCACCAGGACCAAACCUGCAAGCUAGCUAGACAAGGAAGCUAGCACAGGUGGAUUGAUGAACAGUGCCACAUGCACAUGCACGCGUACGUGAACCUGGGCUUUGCACUAGCGCUACAUCCGAUCGGUCGAAGAACAACUGCUUAGACUUUCCACAGUGGGAGUAACAUAGAUAGUAACAUCACACAUAUCUAGAUUAAAUAGAUGAUGUGGCAUGCAAUAAAUAAAGAGAGAGAUGAAAGUGAUAACAUAGUUAGUUACUACUAAUAUGAGUAACAUCACACAUAUCAAGGCAAGAUGUGUCUAUAGCCUAAUAAAUAAAGUGCUUCAUGUUACCACACAUAUGUUACUCCCCACUAUAGAGGUAGUAACAUAGACUAGUAACAUGUAUAUAGCACCUAACCCUAGCCAAACGAAGCCUAUAGGUAUCCUAUGUGAGGACUGCCUCCUGCCCUAGUCGGACGUGGACAUCGUGGUUUAUUCCAAUAAUCAUCAGGCUGUGCUCAGUUGAUGGCGUGUCUGUGAUGACGGUGCGAUCAUGUCGGGCCUGGCCUGUCGGGAGAAGCUAGGAGGACCGGUUCAAUAGGGAGAAAAAUAGACAGAAAAAAAUCGUCCAUGUGCCAUGCCAGCUAGACCUGAUAAUUGGGACCAGCCAGUCAGAACGGAUACAAAAUUUUAAACAGGGUAAAUUAUGGGAAAUUUUUGCUAAAUGGGGUAAAACGGAUGAAAUCUGGCUAAAUAGGGUAAUUAGUGACACAAAUGUCAAGAUAGGGGGUAAAAACUGAAAUUCACUUCUUUAUUCAUGAUCAUUGUUCAGGACAAGUUAAGGCCAAUAAUUGGUUUUUA